CACUGGGAGCGGUGGAGAAGAACAACGUUCUGAGGUUUCGGGUUUGGCACUAGGAUCAAGAUGGGCAAUAAAUAGUAACACCUAUACUUCGAAUACUUUACAAUGCACCGGACAAUACUUCGCAUCAUAUAUACAUGUCCCUCAUAAUUCUACUCAUACUUAGUGAGGAUGAAAUUUUUAACAAGAAUAUACAUGAAACUAUGUUAAAAGGAGUAUCAUGGUAUACAGAAAGGUGUAUAAGUGAAAUUUCCCUGGGUGGGCUAUUAAUUCUUGUGGUAAUACGUACUAUACAGUAUAACAUGCUUAAAAUGAGGGACAAAUAUCUGCAUACAAAUUGUUUGGCAGCUUUGGCAAAUAUGUCAUCUCAAUUUCGAGGGUUACAUCCUUAUGUAAGCCAAAGACUCCUAAGUUUGCUCGAAACAAUGGCGAAGAAGUACUUGAAAUUAGAACAACAUAUUCAAUCACAACCGUUGACCGGGAUUAGCAUUGCUAUAAACGUAAACGGUAAUGUGGACAGUGCAGAUUUGGUGAGUAAUUCAAGAGUACUGAUAAUAUUGAAAAAAAAGCUUUUAAAAUAUGUAAUGAUGUUGGGUCCUUUUUUUCAAUCACUUAAACUGCAAAUUGAAAUAUUAAGGAAAAUUGUAAAGGAUUGAUCUCCGAGGACAGCCCGAAAAAGGAUAUUUUUAGACAUCUGUUAGAACUAUUAAUAAUCUCUCUUCUCACUUGUUUCAACACUAACCGUCUGUGGAGGUUGCAAAGGAAUAUUAAGAACAAUACGUGCUAAUAUUAUAAAUAGGGUUACCCCCUUUAUUUAGAUGGAAAAUAGGAAUCAACUCAGCUUCAUAAGAACCCAGUUCAGUAGACAAUACGACCGGACAAUCAGCCUUCCUUCUGUCCAUACGAAUUUCUCGCGAUACCAUCGCGUCUAACUAUCCUCGAUCGUUGCGGCGGAUCUUACUUACUCUCUUCGCACACAUACACACACUACUCAUCCGGCGCGGCGCAUUAGCGUUGGCGUAUGCGCUGACCACUAGUACCACCAAGCCUCGCAGGGAGUCCAACAGAAUUUCAAAGUCCGAAAAAAAAUAAUUAGCUUUAUCAUAUCGUACACUAUUCAUAAGGGCUGUAAUUUGGACGAACUUUAUGAAAUGAAGGAUAUGAAAUCAUUCUCGUUUGCUUAAGAGCUCAGUUCAUCACGACAAAGAAAGUAUAAGUUCGUGCUCUUUAAAGUUCGCCAAUCAGAAUGUGGCGUCGACAGAAACCUAAGUAGUAAUAGAUCCGUUAUGGCGAGACUUGGGCGUGGCCUAAGUAGAGGUCGGGAUGAGUCCCAAAAGUUUUGCGGCUGAAAUUUUUCAUUUCAAAAUUUGAGAUGAAAAUUUUUCCGUAUGAAAACUAAGUGCAAGAGAUAAGUUCUGCGUGAGAAAUUUCUUCGUUCGAUGGUGGUCUGCAAGAUAACUUUUAUGACUUUGGUGACGUUCGAAAACUAGUCGUGGAAUCGAAAACAUUUGCGACGGAAAUUUUUUCAUUAAAAUUUCCAGGCCCAAAAGUUGUGCGAUGGAAAUUUUUCGUUUCAAAAUUCGAGGUGAAAAUAAAAUAAUGGUCCGAAUAAUAAUGAAAUUCUUGGAAAACUAGUUGCAGUCCAAUAAGUUCAACGUGUGACAUUUUUCGUGGAACAAGAUUUAUUGGCAAAACGAAGGAAAGAAACUGCAGCGAGUCGCUAGGAUUGCUGGCGCCUUCAAGUUUUCGACAGUCUGUCGGGCAGUCGUAGCCGUACACCUGGUUCGUAGACAAAGUUCAUAAAUCCCUGUAGUCGUUAACAACACUUUGCCAUGAGGAAAACCAUAAGGUGUGAGAAACUUGGCCAACUCGACACAGGAAAAAAAUAUUGCAAAAUGGUGCGUGAUGUGCAUAUGCGAAGAACCGGUGAUGCCCAGUUGCGCACAAACCCAAUUGGACACAAAUGCGAAUUUCUGCCUCUUGAGCGAUAUUUCAUCAUUAAUUCAACUAUAUUGUAAGUUA